CAAAUUGACAAUGAGUUGCGAGCACUUAAGCUAUUAAAAACAGCGCUUUAUUAUUAAUCCGCAAACUGUUUUAUGUUUUAAAAUAUUAUUUACUUUUUCCUGUUACUAUUGAAUAAUAAUAUGUAAAUUUUAGUGUAGGUUAUUAAAAAGUGCACUGUGCAGGGCUGAAUAAUCUAAACCAUGUCAAGUAAAUUCGAAACCAUGUCUACUAAUCGCAAAACAACAGCAGACGAUUCAGGUGUUUACGAUUUGCUAACCGAAUUAUGCAGCAAAACGGCUUCUAAAUACUGCAAUCAGAAUAGAUUAUCACAGAAGCGGCUAAUGACUAAGAUGAGAUCGAAUGCUUACGAAAUAAUACUGAAAAAAUCGAAUAAGGAUUUCUCGUCUGCAAAAGGCGAGCCGGUAGUAGACUUGCUGUCCUAUUACUUUGUGAGUCAACAAAAUGCACGAAACGUCGCUGAGUAUAAAAGAACUGUGGAGCUCAAGAAAAUAAUAAGCACACUUCGCCAAACAGACUUUGGUGACAAUAAAGAUGUUAUUCAUAGCAUAUUACGGUUCCUAAUAGGCCUCAGCAAUACGGUCAAAGAAGAUCUGUCUGCAGAAAUGUUUCAGAAUCCAUUUACAUUUGGCCUCCUUGAUGAGAUGCUGCCCAAACCAAAGAGGGAGGUGUUUGGAUCACCACAGCCCUACUCAUAUUAUCCUUCACAUGUAUUUGAGUUGCCAUUCUCCUUAAAGAAACAAGCUGACAAGCGGGUGUUGGAGAGUCGGAAAUCACAGACUUAUACCGAAUAUACUGUGGAGAGUUUUGAUUCUAAAUCUUUGUUACCUGAAACAAACAACACACUUGUGCCUGGUCAAGUGGAGUUAAAAACCUUUAUGAGUCCAAUGUCACUGGCAUCAUUGACAUCAACACAUUUGUCUCCUUACUCUGAGAGUGCCAUAUUGUGCUACCCAAGGUUGACAGGACCUAGAGACCUUCAAAUACCUGGUUCACAGUCUAAUGAUGUUAAUGUGAAGAUAUCAUUGGCAAGUACUAGUAUUAAAUCUGAUGUGAAGGAAGUAUUCAGAGCUAAAGCAGCAGAUGAUUCAAUAGAUAUCUGGGAGUUAGCUACACAAGUUGACAAGGAUGUUCCUGAUGAUAUAUGGGAACUAGUCUCCAAAUUGCCACCGAUUCAUGAAAGACAGCUACUAGCAUCAUCUUCAAGAGAACUUGGUUUAUGGAGAAAGACUUAUGGCAAUCAUUUAUCUGAUCUGACUGUGAUAUCAGAGAAACAGUUCAUCAGACAUAUCAUGUAUUUAGUUAUUGGCGUCGAAACAAGCUCAUUCCCAUUCAGUCAAGAAAACAAUAGUUUCUAUAUGAAAGAAGAUCUGAUACUAGAAUGCAUAUCAAGGGAACAUAUCAGGGGUUAUGUGAGCGAGUUGUUGUUGGUCGGGACUUAUUACAAACGAUUGUAUAAGUUCGCUUUCAAUGAGAGUUUGGAGGAUCAAUUUCAUAGCAAUGGAUUGGUUUACGAGGCAGCAAGAGAAGUAAUAAGACGGUAUCUACUAGACUUUCGAUUGAAAGCCACAGAGAUCUAUGAAGAAUCGAAUAAGAACACUGAAGAAGACCUGAAUACAAUGCCGACGUUGUUACAAAUACUGCAUCAUAUGGAACCACUCAAAUACGAGAUAGAGACCAUUGCUGCGAUAUAUAAAAUUAUUAAUAAUGAUCCCAAAUCUACAAUAUCGCAUGGAGCAGAACUAAUGUCGUAUCUAUUUAACGAAAUAUCGCUAGUCACACAUAGACAGACAACGUUCACCAUGUUCAACUCACUGUAUUCUAUCUGCAAGGUUUAUUUCAAGUUCAUCGAAAGAUUCAUAUUCGAGGGUGAACUAGACGAUAGAUUUAACGAGUUUUUCAUAAGAAAAGACAAUCAGUACGUGAAUAAUCGUUCAAAGAGGUACUGGGACAAAGGGUUUCAUAUAACGCAGAGUGUGGCUGUACCGGAGUUCCUGAAGCCUUUGGCUAAGUUCAUACUACUGUGUGGAAAGUCACUAAGGUUGCUGAAACUGUGUAAUCCUAGUGAUCCCCUAGUCCUCCUAAUAUCAUCAGAUCAUCCAUCAGUGAAGUGUUGUGCCAGUUUCAAAGAACUAGAGAGGCAGCAACAAGUCCUCGAUGUGUAUAGAACGCGGUGUCUCUUCGUCAGCGGAGAAUUGGUCACGUUUGAUCAAAUACUCUUAAAGAGGGAGGCAGAAAGAAAAGCCUUUACUGAAAUGGCGUCCUUGAAACAAGCUGAAACUAUGGAGAAGAUUAUUGCUGAACGUAAAAGACUAGCUCAAUUGAUAAUAGCUGAAAAACAGCAUUCAUUAAGAGUUCUUGAGGCAGCUAUGGCAGAAGCUAAAGCCGCGAAAUGUAAAGCUAAGCAACGCGAGAGAAUGCGGAAUGAAUUGGAACAUGCAGCUGAAAAGGCAAGCGAGGAGGUGGAUUCCAAACUCAGGGAUGAUGAAAAGAACAAAAUAAUGGAGUACUACUCAAAAUUAAACAUGGAAGUGGAAAAAAGUAAAAUACACACAGAAUGGAAAAUAAAGCGUUUACAGUUAGAUCAGAGUAGAAUUCAGUUACUUUCGACCGAAGAGAGGAAUUUGAAGAGAGAAAAAUUGGAACUGGAACAUCAGAAAAACGAAGAAGUGAUGGCAAUGUCGAUACAAAGCGAUAUGUUGAGGUCCGACGAUGAAUUAGAUAAUAAAGAAGAUAUUGCAGAUGAAGCUGUUGAAACUGUCCCUAUUGGGGAUGGAAUGACAGUAUCAGUGAUGUCUAUAGCCACUGAACCAGACACUACAGAGGAACCUGAACCUUCGGAGUACGAAAAUAACAAAUCCAAGGCACAAACUUCCUCAGCAGUAUUUAGCGCUAUCUGCAACGCUGCCAAAAACUUCUUCGGCGUAUCUAAGAGCAUCAAUGAAAACUGUGACAAUAGCAAAGAACUGGACGCUCAAGGCAACAUCGUUAAACAAGAAUUUGAGACCAUAGUAGAAGCACGCUCCUUACACACACAAUCUUCCUGCGAAAUAGGCAGCAAACUAGACGACGAAUACGAUAACCAACAAUAUCAGAAGAGUAGGCAAGAAGCCUUGAUGAAUAAACAAAAGAUUAUGGCCCACGAAUUCGGACAGACAGACAAUGAAAAUAAUCAAGUUAAAGAUCCACCGCUAAUAAACAUAGCGUCGCUAGAUGAAGAGAAUAAUCUGCAAGAAUGGACUCCCUUUGAAGAAGCUAAACGUAAUAAAAUGAAGGUGUUAGGCGCAGAGUUUGAAAUAAUUAAACCAGUAGAGAAGACUGUAGUUUCAGAACCAAAGACUGAAGCGCAGAAAGAAGCAUUGAUUAACAAACAAAAGGUUUUAGGAGUGGAGUACAAUCUCCCAUUAGAAAUAGCAGCUAAAAAGGAACCUGCAAAUGAUGCUCAGACAGAGGCAGUGCGCAAUAAGGAGAGGAUAUUAAACUCUGAUUACGACAUGCUUGGUUCGAGUAAUGAAAGUUUUAAACGAGACAACGCUAAGCGGUCGGGGCUCACAUUAAAUUUAAAGCCCUACGGUGAAGCUUCGUCAAACACUUUCAAGUUAGGUGUUACGCCUAAUGCAGGGUCUGUUACUCCGGGUGAUUAUUUUCCAAGGCUCGAUUUAGAAACACCUACAACGGCUGAUGUUCCUCUAGAAAGUGCGAUGACAUCAGAUAUUUUUACACCCCGAAGUGAGGCCAGUAAGGAACUCGAUUUGAAGUCCAAAAACAAGGAAUUCUUAAGUACAGAAGGAUUCAAUUUCCCGAUGAUAGUCGACGAUGAAAAUAUCGAAUCAGAAGUGACUAGCGACGUGCAAACUGGCGACACUCCUGACUGUUCCCCCUUAAAAUCAUCAGACAUGCCACUAAAACAUAUGAAAACAAAGCACUCUUUCUUCAACAUAUUAGAUGGGUCUUACACUCUAGACGAAUUUGACCCUUUCGGUAUAAAGGAAUUGAGUACAUUUUCCAAAGAUCAUUUUACAAGUAAGAUGAAUAUAGAAAUGACGGCUUCUUGUUACACUCAUCCGGCUUUAAUAAUGGAGGAAGUGAAGAAAAGACCUUAUAAUAAUAUAUUUGCGUCACAUUUUGGCUCUGAUGAGGAGGAAGAAAAGAAAAUAACUUGUGAUAAUAUAGCAACACUGACUGCUUGCUUGCAAAGAUCUGUAAUGUUGCCAUUAACGUACCAGUUGGAAGUUGUUAACAACUCUAUAUUAACCUAUUUCCUAGUAAAUUUAGACAUGUAUGAACAUAUGAGGAGUUUGAAAGAUUACUUCUUUCUAAUGGACGGAGAAUUUUCUAGAAGUAUUUGUCAUAAUUUGUUUACGAAGUUGGUGAAGACGUUGAAUCCCCAGGAGCUGUUGAAUUUUGGGACCUUACACAAUAUAUUGGAUAAAGCUUUGGGAUCGUCUAUUUCACAUGUGCACAAAUUCUCAGAGAACCUAUCGUUCACGAUCACGGAGUCCCCUCUGAGCUUCCAGCACAGUUCUCCCGAUGUGUUGCAAUGUCUCUCCUUGACUUACACAGUCAGUUGGCCCCUGAACAUUAUAUUGUCGCAGGAAGCAUUGCUUAGAUACGCUAAGGUGUUCCAGUUUCUGAUCAAAAUGAGACGCAUAUUUUGGGUCUUGGGUGAGGAUUUUGAAUCUCUAAAACUAUCAGCAAAACUAUCAAGACAGCAUUCGAGAAAACUGCUCAGAUCGCCGCAGUACAUUUCAGUGCAAAUAUACCGACAUAUGAUGGCAUCUAUGAUCCGAGCGCUAGACAACUACAUAGUAACGACCUGCAUUCUAUCCUCUUGGACAGAAUUCGAAAAUGAUCUGAAGAAAGCACGCACUUUAGACGAUUUGUACGAAUGCCACGUGGUUUAUAUCAAAAAGGUUUUGUUCCGAUGUCUUCUCAACAAUAGAUCGACGCCUGUGAUGAAGCUGCUUAAUGAUAUCUUCACUGUUAUUCUAAAAUUCAGUCGGGUUUUGAAAGCUGGCGAAUGGCAACAAAAAGAACCAGAAGGAGCAUUCACACACUCAAGCUUUCCACAACUAGAAGAGCUCUUCCAUUUAUUCGAGAAACUCGCGAAGUAUUUACACAAAGUGGUCACCAAGCUGAUGGAAUGCGGAUACCAAAGGCACCUCGUUGAACUACUGACUAUGGUCAACUUGAACGGGUACUACGAUCCUGAUAAGUCUAAAGAUAAUAAUACAACGUUGCAGUCGACAACGUGAGGAGAGACACUUAACAAAGCCAAUGUGAAUAGAGACACCCAAUAUUGUAGGAUAUAAAUUUAUACUGCACAAGUGUUAUCCCAAGCGCUGGUGCUCUCUCUGUUUCGUUUUUACAAUCCAAAGAACAGAAAUUUGACUCGGAUGGAAGAGCCUUAACUAAUCUGGUCCUGGUCCGAGCAACUAACUAAGAAAUUUAACUAAAAACCACCGUUUACUCACGUAAAUUAAUGGAGAAAUGCUUUGCUAGUUUCGAGGCUUAGAGGGAGACGCGUGCGCUGGCUAAGACUAAGAAAAUAUAUUUUUAUUAUCUCAUUACUCAUAUAGCGGCAGACGAAAGGUUAAUAAUUUUCGAAGCACAAAAUAAUUUGCUGCACUUGAAGUUAUUUUGACCUAAACACCCUAACCAAUGAUCUAAAUAAAUAAAAAGCGUAUUAAAUCGGUCGUUAUAGCUUUUUAUUUGAGCUACAGAUAGAACUCAAGUCAUGGUCAAAAUAACUUAAGAAAAUUCAGAAACGCAUUGAAGUUGCACUAAAUUAGUAAUUCGAAGGUCAUUAUGAUGUCAUUAUCAAAGGAAUAACAGUAAUAGAAGUGGAGUAGUUGUAUUUUCUCGAUUGUGGAUCACGUGAGUUGAUUACUGCGCAGUAGAGAUCCAUUGUGAUUGAUGUAUUGACGCGCGUAUUAGAUUGAAUGGCGCAACACAAUUAUAAUUACGUACUGAAACGAACAUUACAUAGCGUUGCGUAAUCUUUACUUAUACGUCUGAAUGGUUGUAAUUUGCAAUCUAGUACAAAGGUAAUAAGGCAUAUUUUUGGGCGGUUUUUUAAAGCAAGUCUUCCCUUAUUUGUUCCAUGGAGUUUGUUAUUUUUGAGAUGCAAGUUUAGCGUGUUUUGUAGGUAAAAUGUUAAUGUUUUAUUCAGAAAAUUAAGUACGUAAUAGUCAAGUACGUUAGUAGGUUGAUAGGAUAGGAUUAAUAGCCAGUCUCAAUCUAGACCACUUAUUCGUCUAGUCGAUAGAUUCUUUCUACAAGUUAAAGAAUUUUGAUAUAAGCUUCAUAAAGUGGCCAAAUCUAUCGACUGAUAGGUCUUUGAAACUGCACCCUUAGCACGAGUUUGGUUAACGUUUAGUAAUCGAAACGAUAGUGCGUUCGGCGCUCUGAUUGGUUGGUUUAUUCGAGCCGGCCAAUAAGAGAGCCGAACGCUCUCUCGUUUCGAUUACCAUAAACUCGUACUGAGGUUACUGGUCGUAUGUCUGUGACAGUCUGUCUGAAAUGAUAUUGUUCUACUUACAAAGAAUCGAAUGUUAUUAAGAAUCUCUUAUAUGUGUAGGCUUUUUGCACUAGCUAGUAACAUAUAUUGUUUGCAUUUUAAUUGUUAGGGCUGUUACACACGAGCGGCAUCUUGGCAACGGCAGAGGUAACUAACUGCAGUCGCGGAGCUGCGGACUACCUAGCGGGUUUACCGAGGCUCUAACUCGAAAAACAGGAGUUUGAACUGGGUGAUU